UUAAAUUUUAUUCAAAUGCAUUUAUCUGUAACCCAAUUGCGCGUCAUUUACGUCCCACGUGUGGCUCACGUGGAAGCACAAGAUAUCAUCCCUUCUCAUUCUUUCCCCCGCAACAAAUCAUCAUCCCUUGCUGCAGAGCCUCCCAAGUGCUCAAUCGAGGCCGUUUGCUGUGGGGGAGACAUGCUCUGCUCUUCCACCCUGGCCUUCUCUCCGCCCUCCUCCCCUGCCGGUCCAUCGGCCUCCAGAAAGGUCAGUAGAAUCACCGCCAUGGUUAGAGCUCAACCGUUGCAAGUACAGCCUGGCGUUCCUCCAUCCGCGCCCACCUCGCUGUGUCCGUCUCCAUCUCGAGUUCUUGGCGUUGCCAUCCCUUUAGCCGCCUCCGUUUGCCUUCUCCUGUGGUCGAAUCCAGUGGAUGCUGGAAUUCUAUCAGGUUUCUCGGGCUUCGAGUCGGUCCCUGGUCCCCAGCUACCACGGAUCAAUUUCCUUGAAGAAUGGAAUGAGAAAAACCAGAAGAAGUACGCUGAGUUCGAUUCAAGAUUCAAAUCAUCAUCCGUGCUUAAAGAGCUUUUGGAAAAAUCCAAAUUGAAUAAAGAAAGGAAUCAAAGAGAGCUUCAAGAUAAGUACUGCUUGAGAGGUGCAGAGUGGGGCGUGGGAGACUGCUCCACACAAGGAAUGACACAGGAAGAAAGAGACGAGUUUAUUGCAACGUUGAAGAAGAGGGCUGGAGGAGAUUAAGUAGCAGUAACAAUUUCUUUAAAAAAAUUGAGAAAAGUUUGACCUUUUUUUUUUUACCUGUUCCAUUUGGUAAUUUACUUGUAAUAACAUGUGACGUUAGCUCAAACGAGGAUGUGUCCUGUGUACA